AUGCCUCACAAAGACCGCGAUAACGAUCCUGAGGUCGAAAACGAACAAACCUCGUCGGAGAAGCUGCGUCACCGAUCAUCCAAAAGUGAUAAAGACCCAAAUCGAAAGCACAAAUCAAGACCAAAGGCCAUAGACCCUGACACGGGAGAGCCUGUUAAGUCAUCUCAUCGUCGAAAACGGGAUAAAAUAAAAGACGAGAAAAGUGAAGGCAUGUCGGAGGUGACAACUACUACCAUGGCGGAUGUUGUUCCUGAGCUCUCGAGGACGUCCUCUACGCCAGGCACAUCAUCCUACCCAAGUUUCAAUAAAAAUUACAGUAAAGAGGCUGUAAAUAGCUAUGUGUCAGAGCGGCCUGCAAAAUCGAAGACUGGUCCUUACACGCCAGAGGCAACAGAUAUCGAUUCUGAGAAGAAUAAAUCCAGAUCUGCAGAGAGCCUAAGGCGAGCAGCUUCUGCAAAAGGCAGACCACCCAGUCCACCAGAUACUGAAUUUACACACCGACAGAAAUCUACAUCUUCAAGAAUGAGCAAGGUCAGGGAGGAGGGUUCUGAAAUGUCCUCAAGACCCAGUUCUCGAAGCUCGGAACAUCGGAAGUCGUCAAGAAAGGAGAAAGAAGACCGGUCCUCCACGUCUUCAAAAUCUAGGCCAUCAAAGACUGGUACACCCCCCAUACGGACUUCAAGUUCCAGGACCUCAAAGUCUGAAAGGUAUGACGAGGACGAUGACUCCAAUGUUACAUCUGUGGCAGGUAAAAGACAGUCACAACCUACAUCUCGCCGAAGGCCUACCAAUAUUGAUACGGAUUCCUCCCCGGCUUCGGCACAGGAUUCUUCGCCAAAAACUCCCACUCAGACUCCUCAAUUUCCUCCUCCCGGAGCGGCUGAUAUAAAAUCUACUCCAUCUCCUUAUAUGCAUUUUGAUGCAGCCUCUGUUAAAUCUAGUGUGUAUGGCUCUCCACGUCCUCCUCCACCACCCCCUCCCCCGAAUUUACCAUUAAACAUCCCUAGCGUUGAUUAUCUCCUCCAAAAUGGCGGAUUGGUCCGUCCGGUUCCCAAGACCCUACUUUCUACCUCCUCUCAAUCGCUCAAUUCAUCACGGUCCUCUCCUCCCGCGGAAAUCCAAAAGAUAUUCGGACCAUACUUCAACAUCCUGGAUCAAUACGAAACAGUCAUCAAUAAGAGUGGAUCACUCGCAGUUGCUACUGGAUAUCGCUCCGUUGCAAGAAGAUUGCUCGACCGCUUGGAAAAUGUUUUUGCUAGAGAUUUAUCAUCUGAUGGUUGCUUGUGUGUUAUGUGCCAGGAUUUAGAUCUUGAUUCUCACGAGGGAAGUAGGGGUCUCUCAUGGGGAGAGGUUUUGGAAUGGGUCAGUGGCCGACGUGAACUUCCUGAAUGGCCUGCCUUUGAUUUCUCAGCACUUGGUGCGAAAUCAGUCGAUGAUUUAGCUGGUCUUGGUAUAUCAGGUCAUCACAGACCUGGAUCACCUAUUAAGAUCGAUCCUGAUGUAGCUGACGAAUUUCGGGAACAUUAUCUACGACAAUCCAUAAAAACAAAAGCAUCGGUGGACAAAUGGCUAUCAAGUUGUCCUGAAACAACAUCUGCACCUCCUCAAGAGGUUGACGAUGAAACUCUUUCAUUUGCUAUACUAACUCAUCUCAACCACCAUGACCGACCUCUCUUCAACGCUUUGCUUAGUGGCUCCACUACAUUACAACCCGUUUCACGAGCACCUACUCCAUUACGAAAACCACGCUCAGAUUUCAUGAUUAAAACAGUACAAUCUAUGCAACGACUGUAUCGAUUGCCACUCCCUCCACGAGAUCCAGAAGUCGCCAUAUAUUUACUCAAGAACCCUCACAUUCACAAUCUUCUCGCAACAAUUUCUGGCAUUGCACCAUCAGAAUGGGAGAUUUUAAUAUCCGGCCGAUUUGAUGGAUUCUUAUGGUCUGGAGCUGAUAACGAAGUCAUUGAUGAAUUCCCUUCUCGCGGACCCACACCAAAUGGUUACCGGGGACCAUCACCUGUCAUGAGAGGCCCUUCUCGUAACAACACCCCAUUUUCACCUCGGUCAGCUAGUUAUGGUUCUCGUGGUCCUACUCCAUCUCAACAAUACAGGCAUCCAGUCUCUAACGAUGAGGAAGCUGAAAUUGCUGUCUUGGCUGAAAUAGAGCGUGAAAUAUAUGUAGGCAUGGAGGCACUUGAGGACGCAUUCGAAGGUUUACAUCGAAAGGCUGAGGCUGUUCGUAAAGCUCUUCGUGAACGUGGUGUCGGAUUGACUAUGGCAGCAGAGUCAAGACGAACCAGUCGUCCAGAAAUCAUUGUUGGUACUCCUGGCCCUUACUCGGCAGGUUUGGGACCAGGAUACGAGAGACCAAGUUGGGCCGAGGGUGGCAGCGAGUUUAUGAGUGAAGCUGAUUGGGAUGAAGAUGAAAUGCAAAGUGAAUUAGCACCAGAUGAUUCUGCAAGUAACAUCAGCAGUUCACGACACAGAAGACCAAAACGAAGAAAUGAAAGAAGAACACCGGCAUUGGUUGAAGAAGAUGAAGAUGAGGGUUGA